AUGAUCAUUAUUCAAAAGUACGGUGUGGAUGGCUACGUGUGUAACAUGAAUUGGCAAGACGCGAGUGCCAGCGUCGUAUGCAAACAAUUAGGCUACGAGGGCGGUGUUUCGCUGCAUUACGAACGCAAGGAGAGUGGCCCCCUCUUUGUGUCCUCAUCGCUUGACUGCGUUGGCAACGAAACCAGCCUUGACCAGUGCAAUGUCACCGACGAGAUGUGCCUGUCCGAUUUUACGAUCAGCUCGGUAGCCGGAGCCUUCUGUUACAACUCUCACGAGCCUCGUCUUCGCCUUGGUGGAGGCAGUGAAAACACGGGCUGGGUCGAAGUUGUGGUUGAUGGAAAAGUCGGAACGGUAUGCGGUACAGAUUGGAACAAUGAUGCAGCCGAAACGGCCUGUCGUCAAAUGGGUUUCUCAGAAGGAAUCGCUAAAACUAUGAAAAACCCGGGAAAUCUUCCAAUUAUGAUGUCCGGGAUACGAUGCUUCGGACGAGAGAUGAAUAUAUUCAAUUGUUACAUUGAGGAGUGGAAACAAGACACCUCCUGUGAUGAAAUUGCCAUGUGUUUUGUCGACGCUGAAACCAAAUCAACGCAGGCCUAUUACAGAAGCCAAGGGACAAUCGAUUUUUACUGCUCGCGAUCAAUCGGUCAAUACACCUAUCUUCUCAAACGCACGCACAUCAAAAGAACUCCUGUUGCAGAGUUGGCAGCGUGUCAUCUUCCUUGGCUUCUUUUUCUCGUUCGAUUUCAUUUUUCUUUCUUUCUUCGUUUUCUUUUUCUUUGGUUGUCUUUCGUGCUUUUGCCGUGCUUUUGCCGUGCUUUUUUCUUUCUUUUAUAUUUAUAUCGUUUUCUUCAUUUAAUUUCUAACUCUUUCAUUUUUCUUUAUUCCCUAAUUUCAUUCGCUUUUCUUCUGUCCAUUCCUUCUUUAUUUUUCUACUUUGCGAUUGUUUUCGUUCUUUCUACUUUUUGCUUUUUCAUUCUCGUUAAUUCUUUCUGUUUCCAUUAUCGCUUCUGUACCUCUCUUUCACUAUUUUCUAUUUUCAUUCUUCCGUACCUCUCUUUCGCUAUUUUCUCUUUUCAUUGUCGUUUCUAUACCUCACUUUCGCUAUUUUUUCAUGACUUUUUGCCAUUCUUUGUACUGUUCAUCUUACAUUUGUUUUUCGUUCUUUCACUCUUUCUUUACAUUUCUCCUCUUUCUUGCUUUCAUAUUUUCUUUCACUUUUUAUUUCUUCCUCUUUCCGUUUACUACAUUUCUUCUGACUUCUGCAACUGCCUCUCUUUUUCUCCUUUAAUCUUUCUUUCCUUUAUUGUUUCUUUUCUCUUUUAG